AUGUCACUCUUCCCACGAGCAUUUUUGCAUCAAGACCAGUCCUCUAGCCCGACCAUCUUCCGACUGAUAGACGAGAUCGACCAGUACUCCCGCGGUGUGGACCGAAACACCCAUCAAAUCACAAAGUCUUUCACACCUAAGUUCGACGUGAAGGAGCUCGGAGACUCGUUUGAACUACAUGGAGAGCUACCUGGUAUUGAUCAAAAAGACGUCGACAUCGAGUUCACCGACGCGUCAACACUCACGGUCAAAGGUCGCAUUGAACGCAGUUAUGCGAAAGGAAACCCACCAGCUGGAGAAGACAAUAAUGUUUCGGUCAAGAAGAGCGAGGACUCGAAGACGUCACGGGAGAAGUUCUGGGUGAUGGAGAGAAGCAUUGGAGAGUUCUCGAGAUCUUUUACAUUCCCGGUACCGGUGAACCAGGAAAGUGUAAAGGCUUCGAUGAAGGACGGAAUACUGAGCGUCAUGAUACCAAAAUCGAAGAAGCAGGAAAACCGGAAAAUAAGCAUUCAGUAA